AGGUGGCUAGUAUUCGAGACUGGCCACGACCUCAGACUGCCACUGAGGUCAGAUCAUUCUUAUGAAUGUGCGGCUACUAUAGGAACUUCGUAAAGAACUAUUCUACAGUCGCCUCUCCUUUGACUGAUCUAACUCGACUUGACACCCCGUGGGACUGGAGUGAUGAGUGCGAAGGUGCUUUCAAGAGAUUGAAGCAUGCACUCAUGAAUCAUGAAGUUCUCAUGGUUCCCGAUCCGCAAAAGCCAUUCAUAGUGACCACUGACGCAAGCCAAUACGACAUUGGCGCAGUGCUGGCUCAGCAGGAUGGGAAAAAGUUGAGACCGAUUGAGUACCUGAGUAAGAAGAUGCCAUCAAAGAAGUUGGCUAAGUCCACCUAUGAAAGGGAACUCUAUGCUCUCUACAAGGCACUUGUCCAUUGGAGACACUUCCUUUUGGGAAGGUUCUUCUAUCUGACCCUCAAAUGGAUCAAGACUCAACCGGCUUUUUCUGAUGCACUCAAGCGAUGGAUUGAGGUUAUAGACCAAUAUGACUUCAAGCUUGAGUACCUGAAGGGAGAGUACAACAAGGUUGCAGACUCGCUAUCCCGUAGAACAGACUACCUAGGUGUGCUAGUUUUUGACUUUGGCGUAUCUAAUGAAGUAACUCAAUUAUUGGUGGGAGCCUAUCAAGAAGACCCUGUCACGAUGGACAUCAUCUGCAAGCUUCAGGCAAAAGACAAGGCCACAGAAAGUGAGUUUGUGAUGGUGGAUGGGCUAAUCUAUCUUGAUAAGGCCGGAGUAAAGAGAUUGGUAGUUCCAUCUAGUGAAUAGAAGAGGGAGUGGGAAGAUUUCCGUGUAUUUUUUCCAAACCUGGCGGAACGACAUGGGUGGCGGGUGCCUCGUGGGGGAGGCGGGGUGCCUGCCGGAGGACCCCCGGGAAGGGGAGGGAGUGCGAGAGGAGGAGGGGGAGGAGGAGGAGGAGGAGGAGGAGGAGGAGGAGGAGGAGGAGGAGGAGGUGGAGGUGGCGGAGGGGGGGCAGAUCAGUUCUUUGCAUGGGUUUUGCCUCAGCUCACUGGUCAAAGUGACAAGGAGGACGGUCAGCGUGUGGCCUUGGAGGCGGUGCUUGCAUGGUUCUCCGUUGGGGACGGCACGCCGCUGGACAGAUUUGUCUCUCCUGUCCUACUUGCUUGCCAGAAAUUGCUCGAGGAUGGUGGCACCCCCAUGGAUCUACUACCACCUCUCCUAUCCCUCCUCUGUCACUUGAGCGCCUCCUAUGCUCACCUGUUCCGGUCUCAUUUCAUGGACUUCGUUGACCUCCUUCUUGGCUGGGCACUUGAGCAAGACCUUUCCGAGAGCAAUCUGAGGUUGAUUACUCAGAGCUUCCUGGAUAUGGCAGACCUUUGGGGAGAGAAUGCGGAAUUUUCCAUCAGCCUGUUAUGGAAGCUUCUGGGAGACAUGGAAGUUCUUGGUGCGGAAAAGAUGGUCUCUACCGGCGGUGGACAGGAAAGGAAACACCUUUUGAGUUUGGCGUGCUGCUACUCCGCAGUCCUGCAGGCCACCGUCCCCUCACUGGUGCGGUUUGAUCGACAGAGCAGUAUUGCUGCUGCGGCUCGGGAGAUGCUGCCACGUGUACUGGGAUGCGUCAGCCACGUGGCACGAAAGUUCCAGGACUUUUCUUGGAUGCGAGAAGCAUGCCAGUGUCUGGUUGUUCUCAUUGCUUUGCUGGGAAAUCAGGUCGCUCCUUCCCGGUCGCUAGAAGCGGUGGAUUUCGUUGUUUCUUGCUUGGCCCUCGCUGUGAAGUCAUCGUCUGCAGCUGUGAGAACUCCUGUAUUUCUGCGUUUCAUCUUGGCCUUGGUGGCUUGCCAGCGAGAGAAUGCACCUGCAGAACAGGUUGCUGUACUUCUCGACAGCGCCUCACCCCUGUGUGACCUGCGGCUUCACUCAGGGAAGCAAGUGGCAACCACUGUCGCACACACUUGGCUUUGCCUGCUGUGUCACCCAUCGGUCUCAGUCUCAUGCAAAGCCAGGGAGGUAGUUCUAGCAGAGAUGCGGGCGAUUAAGGCUUUUCUUUCUCGACCCGAUGGGCAGGUGAAGAAGAAGCGGAUGGCAGCACUGCCCUUUCGACUGUCUGAAAACAACAAGAGUAGUGUUGCUUAUGGUGCUGAUGUGUCAGGAGGUGCCAACAUCUGGCAAGCCAGUGUGUCUGAACAGGUCAACGCCAAUCUUCCGCACAGAAAUGGUGUAUCUAAGGAGGAGGAGGAGGAGGAGGAGGAGGAGGAGGAGGAGGAGGAGUGGGAGGAGCAUGAGGAGGAGCAUGGGGAGGAGCAUGAGGAGGAGCAACUGAAGGAAGGUUGUUGGAGAAUGACGGUCUGUGGAGAUUCCUUUUUGGAAGCUCAUGCAGUUGCCGUUCUGAGAUUUGAUUUGGUUACAUUGGCUUGCAGUGGACGGUCUUUGGAGGAGGGAAGCGACAUGUUUCGUGUUGUUGCAGACGUGGUGUCUGACCUGGGCGUGAGCUGGCAGUUAGCGGGCCGGAUGGCGAGAAUGCUCUCCUCUGGAUCUGGUUUGCUAUCGGAUGGGAAUGUUGAAUUAGUGGAUGUGUUGACGGGAGAAUUCAAUCCAUUCACCUUCCCUCUUGUUUGUCAUGCCGAUGCACAGCUGGCGGUGUUGCAGGCUAUUCGAGCUCUCUCUUCCGAGUUCAUGGGUGGGAAGGGAAGAGAGGGAGAAAGGGAUGGGCAGGAAUGGCCAGGCAGGAGCAGGGGCUCGAGUUCCACAACGAUGGGCGGCAUAGGGAGGAGGACAAAUGGCAAGAAGGUUGGAGCUAGAGCUACAUCGCUUGGGGAAGUUGAAUGCCUCUGGAAGUUCCAAAGGAUACUUGUGUGUGCCCUCACCCAACAACCUUGUAGCUUAGCUGUGAUCUUAGAAGCGCUUGAUUGGGUGGCGGCUUGUUGCAUGAGCAAGCUGAAGCUGGUGAUGGAUGGGAUAGUGGCUGACAGCUCUGAAUGGUCGACACGAAGUGCCGGUGAUAAAGUCCAGAAAUCAGAUGGUAGAGUGCUCCAAAAGGAAAAGGAACAAGAGGAGGAGGCCUCGAGAGGGGAGCGGGAGGAAGAGAAAGAGGAGGAAAGGGUGUGGGAAAGGACAAUUGACUGCGAGCUACUAUGUGCCCUGCUUUGUGCUGCACGGCACAGGGAUGCAUCGGUGAGACGACAUGUCGCCAAAGUGCUUGCUCUUCUGAUUCAAGCUAAGCUUCUAGACUUGCCGCAGUUAGAGAUGGUGGUGAUCUCCGCUUGCGAGCAGUUGUUGGAUCCUGACCCUGGUCUUCAAGUGGCCUUUCGAGAGCUGUUGGUUUUGGGAGGGCCGGCUGUCUUGUGGUGUCAUGGGUCAUUGGAAUGCCACGGCAACUUGGAACGGGACCGCAGGACUGUUACCCUUGACAGAAGCUCGAAACACCGGAUUGCAAUGCAGACCCAUGCGCCUUUUCUGCGAUCCCAACAACUUGUUGCGAUCAUGAAGUUCCUUUCUCAGGAGAGGCAGACCUAUUCGUCGAAUUGGCUGCAACGACUAGUUCACAGCUGCUGGAAUGGGGCCAUCGCUGGGCAUAGUAAUGGACAGGGGAAUAAGGUAGGAGGCGAGGAAGGGGGCGUGUCCGGUGAGAUAUCUGGCCUUGAUCGUGCCUCGCUGGAUGCAAUGACAUGCAGUAAUGAUGGGCUAGCAGUGUGGUGGGCGAUCCAAGAGAGUGCACGCCACUUUGUGUUCGUUAGAUUGCGGACACAUCUCGGGGCUCCCACUCAUACAUUUGCCGCAGUCGAGCGUAUGCUGCAUCAUGUGGCACAACUUUCUCGCACUGACGACGGCGGAGAGCACCAGCAGGGCACAGGAAGUGGCAACCUGAGCUUGUCCAGGUCCAGGCUCCUGCCCAUGUGGAUGCUGCUUGAGUUUGUGGAGGCACUAGAGCGCAACGUGUACAAUGCCUAUCAGGGAAGCGUUGUUCUGCCUCCUCCUGUCAAGUCUAGCACUGUUUUUUUCAGAACCAACCGGAAGGUGUGUGAAGAUUGGUUUGUUAGGAUACGGGAAGCGCUGCUCGAGGCGAGUGUGAGCACAAGGCGGCAAAUGGGUGUGGUUCGACACGGAAGCUUGCGCAUGCUUGACUUGCGCUCCAUAGCAAGCCUUUCGGGACCGUCCUCCUCAUCUGCUUCAUCAUCCUCUGGCCCGUCUUCUGCUAUCGGACAUCGUGUGAAGCUGUGCCAGGAUGCAGGCCGUGUAAUCCGUCGUGUAGCACUUGCUCUGAGUCAAUCCUAUGAUCCUGAUUCUCUCCAGGGGCUGCGCAACUGGGCUUGUUCUAACAUGGACCAUCUCAUUUUUGGCGGGGUAAGAGGAGGUGGGGGAACUGAAUCACAGCAUCAAGGAGCAGGAGCAGCAUCCUCAUCAACAGCAGCGACCGCAGGAGAAGGCCGAGUUAAGGGAGGCUCUGAUGGUGGUGGCUUGAAAUGGAUCGACGCCCUUGCAUCCCAGGCAUGUGGAAAGUACGAGAACGCAAUUGUGAGCUUCUCAUCCUUACUUGGGUCUGAGGAGGCCAUGACUGCUAUGGGGGCAGAGACAGUUCAGUUUGUGAUCGCAAGGAUGGUGGAGUGUUAUACAGCUAUCCGCGACUGGGAAGGGAUGGACACAUGGUUGCAUGAACUCCAGGCUUUGAGAGCCAAGCAUGCAGGGAAGGCGUAUGCAGGGGCUUUGACAACUGCUGGUAUCGAUCUCAAUUCUGUACAUGCUCUUGCUCGAUUUGAUCAGGGUGAUGUCCAGGGUGCGUGGGGGUAUAUUGACCUCACUCCUCAGAGUAGUGCCGAGAGGACUGCAGACCCUCUUGUGGCUCUUGCACGAAGUGAGCAGAUGCUGCUUCAGUCAAUGCUGCAUGCAUCUCCACGGAUUACCAUGGAUCUUGCAGAGGCCGUGAGAGAGGCAGCUCGUGCCAGGGAAAUGGUGGAGGAAGCUUUGAAAGUGGCCUCCUUGGAUGGAUUGCAAGCAGCAGCUCCUUUUGUGGUGCAUCUGGAAUGCAUAAGGCUUGCUGAGAUGGGCUUGUGCAGCAUUUUGGAAGGGGACGAAUCAGGUGCAGGAACGAGGGGGGCUGAUAGGUCAACCUCCUCUGCCAGCCUGGAGGGAGCAAGAGCAGCGGGAGGGGGAGGAGGGGGAGGAGGAGGAGGAGAAGGAGGAGAAAGAGGAGUUGCACCACUUGGAUACACAACCAGGCGGCCAUCCUUUGACCAGCUAGAUUGUGCUGUAUGGCUGAAACUUCUCCGCCUGCACCGAUUCCUUGGGAGAGAGACGAGCUUCGUGGAAUCACUCCAUUUGCAGUUAGUACGGAUGGCAAGAAAACAAGGGAAUCUUGGACUGGCUACUCGUCUGCUUCAUGAGGGUGCAAAUGGGAGCUAUGGGGGAGGGAACAUGGAGAAGGGAGGCAGCGGAGGCCGCACUGUUUGUGGUGGUCUUAGGGGUUCUGCAGGUAGCAUGGCUCUCCGAAGUGUUAUUGUCAGUCCUGAACUGGACAUAUCCACGCCCAUGAGUGCAGGAGGCAGUGAGCUGGACUAUGAGCGUGCACUUGUGCUGCGUGCUCUGGGGGAUCAGGCAAGUGCGUUGCUCACCUUGUGGAAGAUGACACAAGGGUGCACAGCAGAGAGCAGGCCAGGCAACACCUGCCCGGCCUCGGUGAGGGCAAAGAGCCUUCUGAAGCUUGCCAAAUGGGUCAGGGAAGGGGACCCUUCUUCUGUGGCUGCGGUUCUGGAGGAGUCUGCAGGGCCUGGUGAGGGGCAGAUCUGGCAUGCCAUUGCGACUGGCAGGCAUCGGCAGGCAGCGAUUGCUCAGGAGCGGCUUUUGAGCCAAGGUCUUCUAGAUGCAAGAUCCAGACAAACUUUGGACCCCUACGGAUUGACUCUGGUAAUAGAGGAGAUGGCACUACGGAAUGCAAUGCAGGAGGUCUCUGCUGAACAGGGAAAAGCAUGGUUUGGUUAUGCCUCAUGGUGCCUAUCGUGUGCGGAAUCGCUGUUGCAUCGUCGCACGCCACAUGAGUUGUUUUCUGUUGAGAUGAAAUGGAAAGGACAACCAGUUCCUACUCCCUCACCUGGAAUACUGACAGAAGUGGAGAUAGAGGCUGUGAGAGGGGUUCUGAAAGAAGCUGUACUUGGUGGUCAUACGAAGGUGACGUUGAGUGGAGGGACCCUGGUUGAUGAGGCUGAAAGCCUUGUCAGGAGCACACCUCCUAGGAACAUUAUGGGAGCAAGGUGGCUGCAAGAGGAAGAUAGGGAGGGUCAGGGAGCGAGGGAGGAAAUGCUGCUGUUGUGGUUGAGUAGGAGUGUGGAAACUGCUGUCUGUGAAGAGGCUGGGUUAACCUCAUUGUCCAGAAUUGUUGAGGAGCACUUGUUGCUGAAGAUUGGUACAUGGCAGGGAGUGGCCAGUGAAGAAUGUCUGGGAUUGACAGCAGCCAAUCAAGUGGUUGAGAAGCUGAUGGUCAUAUGGUGGAAGGCACGCCGGCGAAGGAUCUCAUUGUUUUCAGAUGCCGUUCAGGCAUUCCUGAAGUUUCUGUCCAUUGGUAGUGGACAGAGAGCCGGGAGUGAAGGGAGGUUGUGGGCGAUGAGGGAGGACCAGGAUGCUGCUGCCGCUUCGUCGAAGACCUACGACAGGUCACUCAAGGCGAUGCUUCACAUCAUCCAUGCCUUAGUCCGCUAUGGAGCAGAACUACAUGAUGUUGUCAGACAGAGCCUGUCUACUGUGGUCCCAGCACCCUGGCAGAUGGUCAUACCGCAGUUGUAUGCACAGCUGAACAAUCAUCAUGAGCCAAAAGUUCGCCAGCAGAUGCAAGCGCUGCUCACAGCUGUUGCGGAGAUGAGCCCUUGGGCUGUUGUAUAUCAGGCCAUUGCAGAGACAAACCAUGGGGCCGGGUCUACAGGGGACAUGCAAGUAUCAGAAGAGCUUCAACAGUUCGUUGCCUCUCUGGCUAGGAAGCAGCCUCAGCUGGUUGAAGAUGUGAAGCUACUUGUUGGUGAGAUGAGCACCAUGACAGUUCUUUGGGAUGAGCAGUGGCUGACAACUCUCCAGGACCUCUACGGGGAUGUAAUGAAACAGAUUAAUACUCUGAAGGAGGAAGCGGCUCGCAUUGCGGAGAACGCUAUGCUACGGCCGUCAGAUAAGACACUGAUCAACGCAUCAAAGUAUACUGCAAUGAUGACUCCAGUGGCGGUUGCUUUGGAACGAAGAUUAGCUGCCACAUCAAGGCCACCCGAGAGUCCGCAUGAACGAUGGUUUCAAGAGGCCUAUGGAAGGCAAUUGAGAGAGGCAAUCAAUGAAUUCAGGCAGCCCCCGGCCACCCCUGCGCAGAUUGGUGAAGUUUGGCGGCCAUUUGAGGCGAUUGUUAGUGCUCUUGCUCAGCAGUUGAAGCGAUCGACUGUGAAGCUGCGUGACAUUGCUCCCCGUCUUGUGCAAAUGCAGGAAUCCGUUGCACCGAUGCCUGGACUGGAGGGGUCCACAGCGUACAAGGGGCAUGGACCUGGGUAUGGUUCCGACUCUGAAGAACCUGAUGCUGGGAAACGCUGUGUGACCAUAGUCGGGUUCGAGGAGGAGGUUGGGGUCUUGUCGACGAAGACGAAACCUAAGAAGCUAACUGUCAUCGGCUCGGAUGGCUGUCGGUAUACAUACCUGCUGAAGGGCAGGGAAGAUCUGCGGCUGGAUGCACGUAUUAUGCAGGUGCUGCGUGCAGUGAAUGCAAUGCUUGGGGCAAAUCGGGCAACGCUUGGUCGAAAAUUGAGUGCUCGAUACUAUUCGGUGACUCCUAUUAGUGAUCGUGCUGGUCUUAUCCAAUGGCUGGAAAAUCUGACGUCUGUUUACAGCGUGUACAAGGCUUGGCAGCAGAGAAACCAUGCAUCCUCUUCAAUGGCCGCCGGGAUAGGGACACCUGCCCAAGCACCUGGACAACCGCCACCUGCACCUCCACCUCGUCCAAGUGACAUGUUCUACGGGAAAAUUAUCCCGGCGCUAAAGGAGAAGGGGAUCAGGCGUGUGAUGUCCCGGAAAGACUGGCCUCAAGAUGUCAAGUGCAAAGUCUUGAUGGAGCUGAUGAAAGAGACACCGCGGCAGCUCCUUGCACAAGAAUUGUGGUGCUCAAGUGAGAGUGUAAAUGCCUGGUGGAAGAAACAACAAGGGUUCUCGCGGAGUGUGGCUGUCAUGAGCAUUGUUGGUCACAUGUUAGGGCUCGGAGACCGGCAUCUGGACAAUAUUCUAGUCGAUUUCAAGUCGGGCGAUGUUAUCCAUAUAGACUACAACAUAUGCUUUGAGAAGGGCCUCAGGUUGAGAAUUCCAGAGCUUGUUCCCUUCCGUCUGACGCAGACAAUCGAAGCCGCACUUGGAUUUAGUGGCGUCGAGGGGAGUUUCCGAAUCGUGUGCGAGGAGGUCAUGCACGUUCUGAGAAAUAAUCGCGAAGCAAUUAUCAUGUUGCUUGACAUCUUUGUGAGGGACCCUCUUGUGGAAUGGCUAAGAGGUGACGGGCAUGAUGAAGCUACCAUUGGAGGAGAGGAGCGCAAAGGCAUGGAGCUAGCAGUGAGCCUCAAUCUCUUUGCAUCGCGAGUUCAAGAAAUCCAGUUCCCAUUGCAGGCACACAAAGAAUUUCUUGUAAGAAGCACCCCGUCUAUGGCUGCAGCUCUCAAGGCAUUGGCCGAUGCACAGGAGAGAGGGCUCCAUGCAGGUUCGAUUGCAAAACAAGCGCAGGAGAAACUGGAGGUGGCACAGGCUGCAGAGACAAGAGCGCGAGGCAUGUUGGCUGAGGCAUCAUCGAUGGUAGAGACACUCUCGAAUGCGCAUGAAAUGCAGUCACGUGAAGCGGUUCAUGCUGGGGCUAUGAUUGCUGAUGGGGCUCGGAAAUGCCGGCAAUGGUUUGAUCAGCAGACACGAAUGCUAACAGCUCUUCGGAUGGGAACUGUCCCCGAGUUGGCUGCUGUCCUGCAAAAUGGGUCUUCGGCUGUUGCGGCUGGAUCUUCUCUGUUUAUCAUGUCUGCGCUGUCGGCUGCAGGUGUACCAGUGAAGGUCAUUUCAGAAGACAUCCUUGAUCAGUGCAAAAGAAUUGACAAUGAGGUUUCUCAGCUUGUCACAAGACGCCAAGACGCAGUGCAGCAGGCUGGUUCAGCACUGCGUGCAUACUCCCUCGCUCUCCAGCGACUUCUGCCCGUUGCCUACUCGACUACUAGCUGUGUCUUUGUGUGGUGCCGGGCGUUCGAGGCAUCCGUUUCGCAGCCUGUUUGUCCUGUUAUCCAUGCUGCAAGGCUUCAGGUUUUGCAGGAGAUGGCGCAAAUAAUGGGAGAAAAUAGUGAUGCCGUUGUCAGCAAUUACCAAAGUUUCUUUGAGAGGGCAGAGCGAUUGGCCUCAGAAACUACCCGGCUGCAUGAGGAGUGUGUGCAAAUAGAAGCAUCCAUGGACGUUAAUGAAGAGGCCAGUCUUCGUGAACGUGUUCUUACGAUAUUCACGAAUCCUAUGAGGACCAAUGAAGAAGUGGCUGCUGCUGCUGCUAAGUCCAAGGAGGCCAUUUCUGAGAGUGGUGGCUCAGGGGGGGGAAAGAAAAUGGAAGUCCUCAGUAUUGUGGAGGCUGCCAUUGCUUUGUUGCUUGGAGAGAUUCUUCAGUGUGCAAGGCAAGUAUUCGGUACGUGCACUGAUGACUCGAAAUUGCUGGAAGGAUCAGAGGAAGGGGUUGGGCAACAACUGUGGUUGCAUGAGACACGUAGGCUCUUGGAGCAAGCUGCGUUGAUCUUGGAAAUUGCCACCCAUGUGCGGAGUGUUGCAUUCCCCAAUACAGAGUCCCAACGACGGGCCUGGUACUCGGAGUUUGAGAGAGCCGAGGGCUGGGCAGGACGGUGCUUCGCAUGUGCUGGGGGUGUCGGUGAAUUUUUGAAACAGAUGGAAAGUGUGGUCAUCCCUGGCACGGUGCAGAGGAUUUUGUCGCACGAUAAAGCAGCAGCUGAAGACAUAGCUUCACUAUCACAGAUAAAGCUAGCAGUGACAGCGGCAGUGGAGGAGGCAAUGAUGCUGGAAGCUCAGAGACAAGCUCUUGCAGAUCUUGAGGCAACGUAUCACAAGAAGGUAGCGGAGAAGUCGGACAUGCAGUUAAAAUUACAGAGGGAGAUGGCGGUAGGGAGAGAGUAUUUGUCAUGGGAGGAGGCACAUGAACUGGCUAGUCAAGAAGACGUGUUGAAAUCAGAGCUAGAGAGUCUGCAUAUUGCAUGGGAGCAAAGAGACGCACAAGCACAAGCUAUUGCCGAAAAGGAAGCAAGUCUAAGGAACUCCCUGGAGGGGCUUGAGAGACGGUUUCAGCUACUCUGCUCUGCAACUGCAGGUCAUGACAAGGAGAAGAAAAAAGAGAUGGGGGAGCUGGACGGAGAAAGUCACUCCAUGGGAGCAUCAGACUGGAGCAUUGUGCUUUCGACGGCAUGCCAGGCCUACGCUGCUCUUGAAAGCUUGGAAAAGGCACUCCCAAGCCUUGAUGGGGAACGUAGGAAUCUUCCUCCAGAGCCGGAGGAAUCAGUGACCUGCAGGGGAGAUAGCUUUGACACGAGGGCAGCACCUGGGAAUGAGCCGUCAUUUUGGGCAGUCCCAAAAUCGCUGUCAUCGAACCGGCAUUUCAUCCGCAAGGUUCUGUUGCUGCACAACUUGAUAAGUUCCUGUGCAAUGAAAGUCGCAAACGUGGCUACAUCGGAGUCACAGGGUGCGAUGGAUCAAACGUGGGCAUUGGCGCAAAAGGUACUGAUCAAGCAGCAGGAAGAUCACACACAGGAUUAUGUUGAGCACUGCGUGUGGCCAUCUGUGAUUGGGUGCUUGAUGCAGGAGAUGCGCCAAUCGAUAGCCUAUGGGGAGGAAGGACUGAGCCCAGGAACAGAGCCGCGACUCGUGGGCAAGAAGGGGCGAAGCAGGGAAGAGGCGGUGAGGCUUGCCGCUGAUAAGGUGCGUGAGUAUGUCAACAAACAUGAGAUCAUUCAACAGAAGAAGAUGACUCUGACAGGCUUACGGAAACGUGCAGCAGAAUAUGAAGUUGCAUUGCAGCAAGCCAAAAUCGAGUUGGCUCAGUUUGAGUGGAUACAUGAGCACAUCCUGGGUCGAUGUGUGCAGCUGCGGACGUGGAAGCCCCUGAGUGAUGAUGGUAUCACAGAUGGGGAGGCAGGGGGCUUGGUAGCAUGGUGGCAGAGAAGGCAGGUUCUGGACGUUCUCAGGUCAUCGCUUGCUACGAUUCUUGAAGCAAGUGAGACACUCCAGCAGCUAGAGAAUGCGGGGAUCUCAGCCGAAGAGCAGCUGGACCGGGUGUUAGCGAGAGCAUAUGGUGGCGGCGGGUCUAGUGGAUUCAGCGGGAGAAGUGGGGCACUCACGGAAUUCCAUGAACACUUGCGCCGCCGUCGGCAGCUCCUUUGGAGUGUUCAGGAGCAGGUUGCGACUGUUGUGAGAAUCUGCGGGGCGGUUUUGGAAUUUGAGGGUUCCCGAGAAGGUGUUCUUGGGACUUCAAGCAUGAUCAGCACAGGAUCUCAGCAGCAGCAGCCACAUAGUGGAAGUGUUGGCCCUGGAUCCAGACCAAGUGGUGCCGCAGCUGAUUCAUUGGGAAGAGUGUGGCAAGAGUCGUAUGCAAACAUGCUUGCUCGCCUUGAGGCUGCAUUGAUUGCUAGAGGAAAUAGCCAAGUGGAGCUGGCGGGAGCUCAGAUGCGCAUGGAAUCAGCCAAAGCAGGGUUGGCCACCCACGAGGCUGUUGUGCAAGGUUUAAAGGAAAAGUUCGAAAGCUGCUCAGAUGAGCUGCGAGCCAUUGGACAGGAACUGCAAGCCAGCCUGGGUGCUGCUGUUGCUGCAGUCACGGAGUUCUGCAGUGGACUGAAGGCACAUGCUAUGCUGACAACGGAGACAAAGUCAAUGCUUGAAGAGGUUUUGCUUAUAACUGAGGGUGGGGACGAUGUGGCUGAAAUCAAUACUUUUGCCAGAGAGGCUAUGGAGCUGCACUCCCGACUGGAAGGGAGCCUUCAUAAGGUGGGCCACAUUGUCGUGCCAUUGGAGCAAAUGCUUACCAGCACUGUGGGGACAGGUAACCGCCACAGGCUGCCAACUGCUCUCUCCACGGUGCUACCUGCUUCGUCAACUUCAAAAUCAAUGGCCGGAGACGGGCUAAUGGCUUCUAGUGCUAUCACGCCGAUUGAAAGGCUUUUGCCUGGAUCUUCUGAUGCCCAUGCUGCACUGCAGGAGAAACUGGUGGUGACUGUGAGGCAUGGAGAAAGAGAAUUGGGUAUGGUGGCGAAUCAAUUAGUUGCUGAUGCUGAGCAGCUGUAUGAUUGUGUCAUAAGCCUGGCACAGGCCGCUGGCUCUGGUCUUGGGACAACAGCUCAAUACAAGGCAGCACCUGAGGCAGAAGACAAUGGAGUUGACAUGCCUGAUUCCGUGCAGUUGACAGCAGACAUGCGAAGCCUUUCUGCGGGAUCGGGCCCCACUCUGCUAAACCAAGAGAGUGUUCCCAGCAUGCAAGAGGUGGAGGGGGACGCCAACCUGGAUGCUACAGGCUCACAGCUUAUGCAUGCUCGAAACCAGGUCGACAGAGGAUUCUCAGAGCCCAGCAGCUUUCAGGAGGAUGGUGAUUCGGGUUGGAUUUCCCUUUCAGAGAGUUCUGGACACAGCGGUGAUGAGGAGGGACUGUUGUGUACACCACUGAGAGUUGAUAAUCAUGAGCAGUUUGCAAUGACAGGUUCAUUUUUGAGCGCGUCACAAUCACCAAAUGGGGACCAGCACCGUAGAUCACGAGAGUUGGCAGUUGUUGCCGUGGACGGCAUCGGCCAGGAGAGUGGUAAUCCUAAUGCUUGGGAUAGCAGCAGAACUCCAGGGAGGGAGGAGAGGGUUCCGUUGGGAAACGGCCAAGCGGCAUCUUGGAGACUAUGCAACCGCGGGGAAGGAGCGACCACACCAGGACCAUCAUCUACGCCAAUCGGGACUUCAAGUGGUGCACACAGGCGCUUGUUCUUCACUCCAUCAAUAUCCCAAGGCGCUGGACCUCCCACGAUUUCGCAGCCAAGUGGAGGCAGCAUCCCUGGUUUUGCUCUCGGUGUUGGAGGUUUUGGAUUAGCCAGCGGGAGUGGGCGGAGCACGGUACUAGAUACUGGUGGUGCGAUUGGCGGCCAGCGACAGAGCAAAGGGCGAAGUGGCGGCGGAAGCACAGGAAGUCCGCUUGAGCCUGCAGGCGUGGCUGCAGGUCAGGGUACGCAUGUGAAAAGAGGUAGUACUCGAUUGGAUUGGGUGAUCUCUGAUUGCAAGAUGUCCUCUGGUUGUUUGGUGGUGCUUGCUUUGCUUGUGAACCUACUACACCGACUAUUGGAUCACGAAGAGCGAAAUGAGUAUGCUGUGGCGGUUUUGAAAAGAGUGAAUGCAAAGCUGGAAGGCAUUGAAGUCGAUAACGCCAGGAGGUUUUCCGUCAAGGACCAUGUGGAUCAUCUUAUCCGACAGGCAACAAGCAUCGACAAUCUGUGCAAUAUGUAUGAGGGCUGGACACCAUGGAUCUGACACAGUAAUAAGCUAUGCAUACCAUAUGGCAUAUACUAUAUAGACAGCGGCCAAUGCAGCAGCAGGGGAUGUAUAGAAGUGGGAGGAUGGAGGUCUUGGAGAUUCAGCUGGAGGUUGUGAAGCUGAUCAGAAGCCAAGAUUCAAUUCUGGUGGUGAAUGAGGACAUGGAUUAGGAUCGUUUGCGGGCACUGCGGGCAGCCAUGACUAAGAUUGUGAAAAGAGUUAACAAUUUACACAAAGAAUUUCUACUUCCGAUAAUUUGAAUUCGGUCGGGGAUUUAGAGUCCGCGCUUUUAACAAGUUA